AUGUCUUGCUGUGCCACGACGAUGAGUUGGAAGGUCGCAGAAUUGCUUUCAUCCUGUACCUUGUCCCACCCUGGGAGAAAAGCGACGGGGGAACGCUGGACCUGUACAGCACAGAUGAACACUUUCAGCCACAGCAGAUCAUGAAGUCAUUGGUGCCUUCCUGGAACACGCUGGUUUUCUUCGAAGUGUCUCCAGUCUCUUUCCACCAGGUGUCAGAAGUUCUGUCUGAGGAGAAGUGUCGCCUGUCAGUGAGCGGCUGGUUUCACGGCCCGUCGGUAGCCAGACCUGCACGCCACCUUGAAGCUCCCUUGCCCAGGAGUCCCCACAUCCCCUACGAUCAUGAAAUCUUGUAUGAGUGGAUCAAUCUGGUUUAUUUGAACAUGGACUCCCAAGCUCAAAUCCAGGAGGAAUUUGAGGAGAGAUCAGAAAUUCUCCUGAAAGAUUUUCUUAAGAAAGAGAAAUACCAACUGCUCUGUGAAGCUCUGGAGAACAAAGACAUCCAGUGGAGUAGCCGUGGGCCUGCCAAUAAAAGACUCUAUGAGACAGCGGAGGAAGACAGUCUCCCUGACAUCCUGAAGAAAUUCCUGCAGUUCUUACGCUCUGAGGCCUUGUUUUUACUGCUUUCCAACUUCACUGGCCUAAAGCUGCACUUCCUGGCUCCCUCUGAUGAGGAUGAAGAUGCUGGGGAAGGAAGAGCAGCAGACAGCGCUGGGCACAGCAGUCCCAAACCUGAGCAGGAGGAGACUGAGCAGCCCACUGAUAGUGAUCCCCAUCAGCCAGACCAACCUGACCACGUCCCUGAAGCACAGGACAGCGAGACACAGAACAGCUCGGGUAUCCCUGUGUGUGCGGGGGAGCUGAGGCGCUGGACCCACGGCCACUAUACUCUGGUCCAUGACACUCAAACAACAGAAUUUGCUCUCGACCUGCUCUUCUUCUGCGGCUGUGAGGAUUGGGAUCCAGAAUACGGUGGCUUUACUUCUUACAUCGCCAAAGGGGAAGAUGAAGAGCUGCUGACGGUGAAUCCAGAGGACAACUGCUUGGCCUUAGUUUAUAGAGACAAAGAAACGCUGAAGUUUGUGAAAUACAUCAAUCACCGUAGCUUGGCCCGCCUGAAAAAGCAUCCCAGCAGAAGAGGAUUUUGGGAUUUUUCCUUUGUCUAUUACGAGUGAUGGUGACCAUGGAGUGGUGGUGGUGG